GAUGGUCAAGGAAACCUCACCCUCCCAGUCUUUCCAGUUCCUGCUAGUCGGAUGCGCCAUGUGGGGACUCUGACAACCAGAAUUGCAAAGGUAAUCACAGGAGAAGCAAAAGGGUAUGUACAUUCUCACUGAAAGGCGAAUGAAGAGGAGGACACAAGCGCUUUGAUUGCCUGCCUCUGCUUUCGUAUAUGAGGCAGCCGGUGCUUUUGGCUGGGAGCCCAGGCAGGGCUUUUGUAAUCAAAACAUGAUCCUGUAUGCAGUGCAACCAGUACUGAGAAAGGCCGACGGAUGGCUCUCCUCUUUUAGCCCUGCUGUGGAAUCUGCCGAGCUUCACCUCUGAUGUCCAAAAUGCACCAUUCUGAUGUUGCUAUGGAUGAUGCAGUGUUGCAGAAAAAAGAAGAGAAAGAUGUUGAACUGGAUAAAAAAAUACUAGCUCUGAGAAAGAAGAAUGAAGCUCUUAUGAGAAGAUAUCAAGAAAUAGAAGAAGACAAGAAACAAGCAGAACGAGAAGGAAUGGCUGUCACUUCAAGGAAGGCUAGGCCAGAUGGCCUUACCAUCACCAUCACCAAACCACAUCAUGAGAAAAGGAUUGUGAACGAGAAGUGGGGAAGCAGUUGCUCUUCUGCCUCAAGCUUUGGGGUUGGUAGCGAGGAAGACGAUGAAGAAAGUGAUCACGUCUUCACAUUCAGGAUGGGGAAACGGGUUCAGUUGGCCGUGACCAUGGACAACAAAGGCAAGGGAAAGCGGGUUGUCCGAGAAAAAUGGGGAUCUGAGGAUCCUGGGAAUCCAGCAGAGGACCCAGAUAUCAGCGAAGAAGAGAGGGAUAAGCGGCUUGCUUUCUGUAGAGGAAGAAUGCAGAUUGCUAUUACAAUGGAAAACAAAGGCAGGACAGAUGAAAGGAAAACCACAGAGAGGAAGUGGUCUGGUGAAGACAACCAUCCAAAGACUACGCACCUCAGAAAGGAAAGAGAGAACUCUCCUCAGGAGACCCCGGAAGAGAAAAACUGCACCCUGACUGGGAGAGAACGGUCAGAGUACAUGCAAUGGAAGAAAGAACGGGAUCAGAUUGAUCUUGAGCGGCUCACCCGCCACAAGAAUGCAAGGGGUGAAUGGCGACGGGCUUGGGAUGUAGAGAAAACCAAGUGCAU